UUUUUUUUCUAGUGAUUUUGUUUUAAUACAAUUUAAUUUAUAGUAGUUAACGUGUUUUCACCGCUGACUAACGGACGAGUCACUCAUGGAUAAUGAAAUGAAACACCAUAAAUCUUCUUAAAUUAUUCUAUAAAAAGGCCAAUCCGCCUAUUUUUUUUUCACUAUAAGUCUAUGGGAAAUUUUAAUUUCUAUAAGCUCUUCCUACAUUUACCGUUAUAGUACUAGCGAUAUGGAUACGGGUAAUCAGGAUGGGUACAUCAACAGCGGUUUUACCUCAAAUGAGACAAAUGGCCAUGUUAAAUCAGAUUCACAAUACACAGAAAAGGAAUCCACAGGAGAGGCAGAUGACCAGAAAAUUGAUAUCGAACUCGCGCCGAUAGAUCCAUGGGAACUUCCGGAAUUAGUUGAUAAAAGUGUAAAAUGGAGAGAUUUGGAUGGUUUUGGUAAAGUUAAGAGAGUAUUGACGUUGUUUAUUAAAUUCGUCAUCCUGCUUUGUUUACUGUAUUUGUUUAUCUGUUCGUUAGAUUUUAUGAGCUCUGCAUUUACUUUGGUUGGAGGUAAAGCUGCUGGUGAAGCUUUAGGUAAUAGUGAACUGUUACAGAAUCCAAUAGCUGGUUUAAUGCUGGGUGUAUUAGUUACAGUAUUGGUUCAGAGUUCUUCUACAUCCACUUCAAUAGUUGUAUCAAUGGUUUCUUCUGGCAUACUACCAGUAAAAUUUGCUAUACCUAUUAUAUUUGGUACUAACAUCGGAACUACCGUUACCAAUGUUAUUGUUUCACUUGGUCAAGUUGGUCACAGAGAACAGUUCAGACGGGCGUUUGCUGGAGCAACACUUCACGACUUCUUCAAUUGGUUUUCAGUAAUAGUGUUUUUACCACUGGAAAUAGCUAGUGGUUAUUUAUUUCAUCUAACAGAAUUGAUUGUAUCUGGUAUAAGUAAUGAUCCUGAUGCGGAGAAUCCCGAAUUCCUUAAAGCUAUAACUUCACCAUUUACUUCCACUAUCAUAGAGUUAGAUAAAGAUAUCAUUAAUGCUAUUGCUAAAGGAGAAGAAUUAUCUGAUGAUGAUACUAUAUUAAAGAGAUGCUGUCUCAAAGAUACCGACUAUGGAUAUGCUUUUCUCAACAAAACAGUAACGGGUGAGCACUUAAUUAUUUCCCUUGUCGGAAUGACUACUGUUACUCUGGAAUAUAUCUUCACAGUUGCAAACUAUCACAAUCUACGUGAUCAUCUAUUUGUGCAUACAUCUUUAAACGAUACAGAAAUCGGUAUCAUAAUGUUAGUUGUUGCCUUACUGACACUGUGUAUAUGUCUUCUACUUAUCGUCAAGCUCUUACAUUCUUUAAUGACGGGGCAAAUCGCCAAAGUCAUUAAGAAAGUUAUGAACUCUAAAUUCCCUGGUAGACUGAGCUUUUUAACUGGGUACGUUGCUAUGAUGGUUGGCGCAGGAUUAACUAUUCUUGUACAGAGCAGUUCAAUCUUUACAUCAACAAUGACGCCAUUGGUGGGAGUGGGCGUUGUAAGCAUCGAGAAUCUUUUCCCGCUUACAGUGGGGUCAAAUCUGGGAACAACUGCAACAAGUGUCUUAGCUGCGUUAGCUGCUCCUGCUGCGGGCUUCAGAGACGCCUUGCAGAUUUCAUUUUGUCACAUGUUUUUCAAUAUAUCUGGUAUUUUAGUAUGGUAUGCGAUUCCACCAUGUAGGCGAAUUCCAAUCAAAACCGCCAAAUGGAUGGGGGAAACCACAGAACAGUAUCGCUGGUUCGCUUUUGUGUAUUUAAUUCUAGCUUUUCUACUAUUCCCUGUAUUUGUAUUUGGGUUAUCUUUGGGUGGCUGGCAAGUUCUCGUAGGAGUUGGAACUCCUCUUCUGUUACUUAUAAUAUUUGUAAUCAUUGUAAAUAUUUUACAAGCUAAAAAACCAAGUAUUUUGCCCUCGAAACUUCAGAACUGGCAAUUUCUUCCCGAACCUUUAAGAUCAUUAGAACCAUAUGACCGUAUAGUAGUU